GCGGGGAUUCUCUUCCCUGAUCCCCUCUCCCCCGCCCACCCCACUUGGAACCAAGAUGGAGGAUGGUGGCUGCUGCGGAUACCACCGCUGCUAUUGCAGCUGCUGCUCCUGAUCCCUGAAGAGGCUGCAACACCCGUGUUUCCCCUCCCACCAGCUUCCUGCUGCACUGAUUGCAACCCCCCUCCAUGCACCCACCCCCUUCCUCCUGCAAUUGUCCCUGCUUCUGCUCCCCCUGUCUCUUGCCCGCAUGCAUUGAAUCUGUGCGUUCACACACAGCCCCCUAGGUGGCUGCUGGGGGAUGAAGGGGGGACUCCCGUAGAGCUGCAAUUGCACGCAUACCUUCAUGUUCUUCUAUUUAUUGUUGCCACCGGCAGCCACCCCCAUCUCGGUGCAUUACUCUGCUGCCUGGAUUUCCGCGUUGGCUGUUGCUAAAGGGUGAAACCGGGACCUGAAGACAAAACAUAGACACACCUUCCUCUUCCCAGGCACCAGCGGGGGAGCAGUGAGUGGGUCAGGGUGGUGGGAUCUUGUCUGGAAGAGCCGCCACUGCACGCAGCAGCCAUGAGCAGCUCCACUACCACCACCUCCACGACCAGCAGCAGCAACGCCGGGGAAGGGGCUGAGGAGGCGGCCAAAGACUCUGCAGACAUCGCGGCGUUUUUCCGAUCCGGGUUUCGCAAAAAUGAUGAAAUGAAGGCUAUGGAAGUAUUACCAAUUUUAAAGGAAAAAGUUGCCUAUCUUUCAGGUGGCAGAGAUAAACGUGGAGGCCCCAUUCUAACAUUUCCAGCUCGCAGCAAUCAUGAUAGAAUACGACAAGAGGACCUUAGGAGACUAAUAUCAUACCUAGCUUGUAUCCCUAGUGAAGAAGUUUGUAAACGAGGAUUCACAGUGAUUGUAGACAUGCGUGGAUCUAAAUGGGACUCUAUUAAGCCUCUGCUGAAGAUUUUACAGGAAUCCUUUCCCUGUUGUAUUCACGUUGCACUGAUAAUCAAGCCAGACAACUUCUGGCAAAAACAGAGGACUAACUUCGGCAGCUCUAAGUUUGAAUUUGAGACUAACAUGGUAUCUCUGGAAGGCCUUACCAAAGUAGUAGACCCCUCUCAACUAACUCCAGAAUUUGAUGGCUGUUUGGAGUAUAACCAUGAGGAAUGGAUCGAAAUCAGAGUUGCCUUUGAGGACUACAUUAGCAGUGCAACCCACAUGCUGUCCAGACUGGAGGAACUGCAGGAUAUACUGGCUAAAAAGGAAUUGCCUCAGGACUUGGAGGGUGCUCGAAAUAUGAUUGAGGAGCAUUCACAAUUGAAGAAGAAAGUCAUUAAGGCCCCUAUUGAGGACCUUGACUUGGAAGGACAAAAGCUGCUCCAGCGGAUACAGAGCAGUGAAAGUUUCCCCAAAAAGAACUCUGGGUCAGGGAACGCAGACUUGCAAAACCUUUUACCCAAAGUAUCCACCAUGUUGGACCGGCUGCACUCAACUCGGCAGCAUCUGCAUCAGAUGUGGCAUGUGCGGAAGUUGAAACUGGACCAAUGUUUUCAGCUCAGGCUGUUUGAGCAGGAUGCUGAAAAGAUGUUUGACUGGAUCACACACAACAAAGGUCUGUUUCUGAAUAGUUACACAGAGAUUGGAACCAGUCACCCCCACGCUAUGGAGCUGCAGACGCAGCACAAUCACUUUGCCAUGAACUGUAUGAAUGUGUAUGUAAACAUAAACCGCAUCAUGUCGGUAGCAAAUCGUUUGGUUGAGUCUGGCCAUUAUGCUUCACAGCAGAUUAAACAGAUCGCUAGUCAGUUGGAGCAAGAGUGGAAGGCAUUUGCUGCAGCCUUGGAUGAACGAAGCACCUUACUGGAUAUGUCCUCCAUCUUCCACCAGAAAACUGAACAGUACAUGAACAACGUGGAUUCAUGGUGUAAGGCCUGUGGUGAGGUAGAACUUCCUUCUGAACUACAAGAUUUAGAAGAUGCCAUUCAUCAUCAUCAAGGAAUAUAUGAGCAUAUCAGUCUGGCUUACUCAGAGGUGAGCCAAGAUGGGAAGUCGUUACUUGACAAACUUCAGCGACCUUUGACUCCUGGAAGCUCUGACUCAUUAACAGCUUCUGCUAACUACUCCAAGGCAGUGCAUCAUGUCCUGGAUGUCAUCCAUGAAGUACUGCACCACCAGCGACAACUGGAGAACAUUUGGCAGCAUCGGAAGGUCCGCCUGCACCAACGGCUUCAGCUCUGUGUUUUUCAACAGGAUGUCCAACAGGUAUUGGAUUGGAUUGAGAACCAUGGAGAAGCUUUCCUUAGCAAACACACCGGUGUAGGAAAGUCCCUGCAUCGGGCCAGAGCUUUGCAGAAACGCCAUGAAGACUUUGAAGAAGUAGCACAGAACACAUAUACCAAUGCAGAUAAAUUGCUAGAAGCCGCCGAGCAGCUGGCUCAGACGGGGGAGUGUGACCCAGAAGAGAUUUAUCAAGCUGCACAUCAGUUGGAAGACAGAAUACAGGAUUUUGUUAGGCGUGUGGAGCAACGCAAGAUCCUGCUGGACAUGUCUGUGUCUUUUCACACUCACGUUAAAGAGCUAUGGACAUGGCUCGAGGAGUUACAAAAAGAGCUGCUCGAUGAUGUCUAUGCAGAGUCUGUGGAGGCUGUACAAGACUUGAUCAAACGCUUUGGCCAGCAGCAACAGACCACUUUACAGGUUACAGUCAAUGUCAUCAAGGAAGGGGAGGAUCUUAUACAGCAACUAAGGGAUUCUGCCAUUUCUAGUAACAAGACCCCUCACAACAGCUCCAUCAAUCACAUCGAGACAGUGCUGCAGCAGCUGGAUGAGGCCCAGUCUCAGAUGGAGGAGCUUUUUCAGGAACGCAAGAUCAAGCUUGAACUCUUCCUGCAGCUACGCAUAUUUGAGAGAGAUGCAAUAGAUAUAAUUUCAGACCUUGAAUCGUGGAAUGAUGAGCUCUCUCAGCAGAUGAAUGACUUCGAUACUGAGGAUCUUACAAUAGCAGAGCAGAGACUCCAGCACCAUGCAGACAAAGCCCUGACCAUGAAUAACCUGACCUUUGAUGUCAUACACCAAGGACAAGAUCUGCUGCAGUAUGUCAAUGAAGUGCAGGCCUCUGGUGUGGAGUUGCUUUGCGACAGAGAUGUAGAUAUGGCAACUCGUGUUCAGGAUCUGCUGGAAUUUCUUCAUGAGAAACAACAGGAGCUGGACUCAGCAGCGGAACAGCAUCGGAAACACUUAGAACAGUGUGUACAGCUCCGCCACCUGCAGGCUGAAGUCAAACAGGUGCUGGGCUGGAUCCGAAAUGGGGAGUCUAUGUUAAAUGCGGGGCUUAUCACGGCUAGCUCCCUGCAGGAGGCAGAACAGCUGCAAAGGGAACAUGAGCAGUUCCAGCAUGCUAUAGAGAAAACACAUCAAAGUGCACUGCAGGUACAGCAGAAAGCAGAGGCGAUGCUGCAGGCUAAUCAUUAUGAUAUGGAUAUGAUCAGGGACUGCGCUGAGAAAGUUGCUUCUCAUUGGCAGCAGCUGAUGCUCAAGAUGGAGGACCGUCUCAAACUUGUGAAUGCUUCUGUUGCCUUCUAUAAAACAUCAGAGCAGGUGUGCAGUGUGCUGGAGAGUCUGGAGCAGGAAUAUAAGCGGGAAGAAGACUGGUGUGGGGGAGCAGACAAACUGGGUCCGAACUCUGAAACAGACCACGUGACCCCUAUGAUAAGCAAGCACCUUGAACAAAAAGAAGCGUUCCUGAAGGCUUGUACUCUGGCUCGGAGGAAUGCUGAUGUCUUCCUGAAAUACCUGCACAGGAAUAGUGUAAACAUGCCAGGGAUGGUGACUCAUAUCAAAGCUCCUGAACAACAAGUCAAAAAUAUCUUAAAUGAACUCUUCCAGAGGGAGAACCGCGUGCUGCAUUACUGGACAAUGAGAAAAAGGCGCCUUGACCAGUGUCAGCAGUAUGUGGUCUUUGAAAGAAGUGCCAAACAGGCUUUGGAAUGGAUCCAUGACAAUGGAGAGUUUUAUUUAUCCACGCAUACCUCCACUGGUUCCAGUAUCCAUCACACUCAAGAGCUGUUAAAAGAACAUGAAGAAUUUCAGAUCACUGCAAAGCAAACCAAAGAGAGGGUGAAGCUGUUGAUACAGCUGGCUGAUGGCUUUUGUGAAAAAGGGCAUGCCCAUGCAGCAGAGAUUAAAAAAUGUGUCACAGCAGUGGACAAGAGGUACAGAGACUUCUCUCUGCGCAUGGAGAAAUAUAGGACCUCUUUAGAAAAAGCCCUGGGGAUUUCUUCUGAUUCAAAUAAAUCGAGCAAAAGCCUGCAGCUGGAUAUAAUCCCAGCUAGUGUUCCUGGGUCAGAGGUGAAACUGCGAGAUGCUGCUCAUGAGCUUAAUGAAGAAAAGAGAAAAUCUGCCCGCAGGAAAGAGUUCAUUAUGGCUGAGCUAAUUCAGACUGAAAAGGCUUAUGUAAGAGACCUCCGGGAAUGUAUGGAUACGUAUCUGUGGGAAAUGACCAGUGGCGUUGAGGAGAUCCCACCUGGUAUUGUAAACAAAGAACACAUCAUCUUCGGAAACAUGCAGGAAAUCUAUGAGUUCCAUAAUAACAUAUUCCUCAAGGAGCUGGAGAAAUACGAACAGUUACCAGAAGAUGUUGGGCACUGCUUCGUAACUUGGGCAGACAAGUUUCAAAUGUAUGUUACGUAUUGUAAAAAUAAGCCAGAUUCUACCCAGCUGAUAUUGGAGCAUGCAGGAGCAUAUUUUGAUGAAAUACAACAGCGACAUGGAUUGGCCAACUCCAUCUCCUCUUACCUUAUCAAACCUGUCCAAAGGAUAACAAAAUAUCAGCUUCUCUUAAAGGAGCUGCUCACCUGCUGUGAAGAAGGUAAAGGUGAGAUUAAAGAUGGUCUGGAGGUAAUGCUUAGUGUUCCAAAGCGAGCCAAUGAUGCCAUGCACCUCAGCAUGCUGGAAGGGUUUGAUGAGAAUAUUGAAUCUCAGGGAGAGCUCAUCCUUCAGGAAUCCUUCCAAGUUUGGGACCCCAAAACUUUAAUCCGAAAGGGUCGUGAGAGGCAUCUCUUCCUCUUUGAGAUGUCCUUGGUCUUCAGUAAAGAGGUGAAGGACUCAAGUGGGAGGAGCAAAUACAUAUACAAGAGCAAACUGUUUACUUCAGAGCUGGGUGUCACAGAGCACGUAGAAGGAGAUCCUUGCAAAUUUGCACUGUGGGUAGGAAGGACACCAACUUCUGACAACAAAAUUGUGCUUAAGGCUUCCAGUAUAGAGAACAAACAAGACUGGAUCAAGCACAUCCGGGAAGUAAUACAAGAAAGAACCAUUCAUCUGAAAGGAGCAUUGAAAGAGCCAAUCCACAUCCCCAAAACAGCUCCAACAACUAAGCAGAAAGGAAGGAGAGAUGGAGAGGACCUGGACAGUCAGGGAGAUGGCAGCAGCCAGCCUGAUACUAUUUCAAUUGCGUCACGAACUUCCCAGAAUACACUAGACAGUGAUAAGUUGUCAGGUGGCUGCGAGUUGACUGUGGUCAUCCAUGACUUCACAGCAUGCAACAGCAAUGAGCUGACAAUCCGCCGUGGUCAGACAGUGGAGGUUCUAGAGAGGCCACAUGACAAGCCCGACUGGUGUCUGGUACGAACCACAGAUCGAUCCCCUGCUGCAGAAGGGCUAGUUCCUUGUGGAUCACUCUGCAUUGCCCACUCUAGAAGCAGCAUGGAGAUGGAGGGUAUCUUUAAUCACAAAGACUCUCUUUCAGUCUCCAGUAACGAUGCCAGUCCUCCUGCCUCCGUAACAUCACUUCAGCCCCAUAUGAUUGGUGCACAGAGCUCCCCAGGCCCCAAACGCCCUGGCAACACCCUGAGGAAAUGGCUUACCAGUCCAGUGAGGCGCCUUAGCAGUGGGAAGGCAGAUGGGCAUGUCAAGAAAUUGGCCCAUAAGCAUAAGAAGAGUAGAGAGGUCCGCAAAAGUGCUGAUGCUGGCUCUCAGAAGGACUCAGAUGACAGUGCUGCUACGCCACAGGAUGAAACCAUUGAAGAGAGAGGGAGGAACGAGGGGCUGAGCAGUGGCACUCUCUCCAAAUCCUCCUCUUCUGGCAUGCAGAGCUGUGGAGAGGAAGAAGGUGAAGAAGGCGCAGAUGCUGUACCACUCCCCCCUCCAAUGGCAAUUCAGCAACACAGUCUACUCCAACCAGACUCCCAGGAUGACAAGGCAUCUUCUCGAUUAUUGGUACGCCCCACCAGCUCUGAGACACCCAGUGCAGCAGAACUAGUCAGCGCAAUUGAGGAACUCGUCAAAAGCAAAAUGGCACUGGAAGAUCGUCCAAGUUCACUGUUGGUAGACCAAGGUGACAGCAGCAGUCCAUCUUUCAACCCUUCAGACAACUCCCUUCUCUCUUCCUCGUCACCCAUAGAUGAGAUGGAAGAAAGGAAAUCCAGCUCUUUAAAAAGACGACACUAUGUCUUACAGGAAUUAGUGGAGACGGAGCGAGAUUACGUCCGAGAUCUGGGUUAUGUAGUUGAGGGGUACAUGGCACUUAUGAAAGAAGAUGGUGUACCUGAUGACAUGAAGGGGAAAGACAAGAUUGUAUUCGGCAACAUUCACCAGAUUUACGACUGGCACAGAGACUUCUUUUUAGGAGAAUUGGAGAAGUGCCUUGAAGAUCCAGAGAAACUGGGAUCCCUCUUCGUUAAGCAUGAGAGAAGGUUGCACAUGUACAUAGUUUACUGCCAAAACAAACCAAAGUCUGAGCACAUUGUCUCAGAAUACAUUGAUACAUUUUUUGAGGACUUGAAGCAGCGCCUGGGCCACAGACUUCAGCUCACAGACUUGCUAAUAAAACCAGUGCAGAGAAUUAUGAAAUACCAAUUGUUACUCAAGGACUUCCUCAAAUACUCUAAAAAAGCUAACCUUGACACAACAGAACUAGAGAGAGCUGUAGAGGUCAUGUGCAUAGUACCGAAACGGUGCAACGACAUGAUGAAUGUUGGCCGCCUGCAAGGAUUUGAUGGUAAAAUUGUAGCCCAGGGUAAACUCCUGCUGCAGGACACAUUCCUGGUCACAGACCAGGACACGGGACUUCUGCCACGUUGCAAAGAAAGGCGGGUCUUCCUGUUUGAGCAGACUGUCAUAUUCAGUGAGCCACUAGAUAAAAAGAAAGGUUUCUCCAUGCCGGGAUUCUUGUUUAAAAACAGUAUCAAGGUGAGUUGUCUUUGCCUGGAGGAAAACGUGGACAGUGAUCCUUGUAAAUUUGCACUAACAUCAAGAACAGGGGAUGUCUUGGAGACCUUUGUUUUGCAUUCUGCCAGUCCAGGCGUACGCCAACUGUGGAUCCAUGAAAUCAACCAAAUUCUGGAAAACCAGCGUAAUUUUUUGAAUGCCUUGACAUCACCAAUUGAGUAUCAGAAGAACCACAGUAGCGGUGGCGGUGGCAGCAGCAACAGCAGCGGCCCCAGCAGCUGUAGUGGAAUUACCAGCUCCAGCCGUAGCAGGCCCUCCCGGAUCCCCCAGCCUGUCAGACACCAUUCCCCAGUCCUCUUCUCCUCUGCAGCCUCCGCCCAAGCAGAGGCAGACAAGAUGUCAGGUAUGUCCAUUCAUAAUCCCUCCCUGCCACCCCACAGCACAUCCCUAGAGACUGGCCUCAGCCAGCCAGCCAGGCACCCUCCCAUUGCAGAACCGGAUGGUCCUGAGAAAGAAGCUGAGCAGAUUCCCAAGAUGAAAGUUAUUGAGAGCCCCAGGAAGACAGCUGGAAACGUUUCUGGGUCAGCAGACGGAGCCCAGAAAGAAUUGCGUGGCAGCUUGGAGGACAGUCGCUCAAGGAGCAGCGUAGGAUCUCUGACGCUCGGGAAGCCAAGGCCAGGAGCCAUCUCUCCAAUGAACUCUCCUCUCUCAACGACUUUCCCUUCUCCUUUUGGCAAGGAAACCUUUCCACCCAGCAGUCCCCUGCAAAAGGGCUCCUUUUGGAGCUCCAUCCCAGCAUCCCCUGCCAGCCGCCCUGGCUCCUUCACUUUCCCUGGGGACAAUGACUCCCUCCAGCGCCAGGUCCACCGCCACUCUUCACACAGCAAGGACACAGACCGCAUGAGCACAUGCUCCUCGACCAGCGAGCAGUCAGUUCACUCCACCCAAAGUAAUGGGAGUGAAAGUAGCAGCAGUAGCAAUAUCUCCACCAUGCUGGUGACACACGAUUACACGGCAGUGAAGGAGGAUGAGAUAAAUGUCUACCAAGGAGAGGUCGUGCAAAUUCUAGCCAGCAACCAACAGAACAUGUUUUUGGUGUUCAGAGCCGCCACUGACCAGUGCCCUGCAGCCGAGGGCUGGAUUCCCGGCUAUGUCUUGGGGCAUACCAGUGCAGUCAUCAUUGACAACCAUGAUGGAACAAUCAAGAAGUCAACAUCUUGGCACACAGCACUCCGUUUAAGGAAGAAAUCUGAGAAAAAAGAUAAAGACGGCAAAAGGGAAGGCAAGCUAGAAAAUGGUUAUCGCAAAUCCCGAGAAGGACUUGCCAACAAGGUUUCCGUGAAGCUUCUCAACCCCAACUACAUUUAUGACGUUCCCCCAGAGUUUAUAAUACCAUUGGGUGAGGUCACAUGUGAGACAGGAGAGACCAUCGUUUUUAGGUGUAAAGUCUGUGGUCGCCCAAAAGCUUCAGUAACUUGGAAAGGUCCUGAUCAUAACACCCUAAGCAGUGACAGUCACUACAGCAUUUUGUACAGUGAUUUAGGAGAGGCAUCCUUGAAAAUCAUUGGUGUGACCACAGACGACGAUGGUAUCUAUACCUGUAUAGCUGCAAACGAUAUGGGUUCGGUUUCAUCUUCAGCCAGUCUUCGAGUUUUAGGUCCUGGAAGUGAUGGGAUCAUGGUAAUCUGGAAAGACAACUUUGAUUCCGUGUACAGUGAAGUGGCUGAACUUGGCAGGGGCAGGUUUUCUGUUGUUAAGAAAUGUGAUCAGAAGGGAACCAAGCGAGCAGUGGCCACUAAGUUUGUGAACAAGAAGUUGAUGAAACGAGACCAGGUUACCCAUGAACUCGGAAUCAUGCAGAAUCUCCAGCAUCCCCAGCUCAUUGGCCUUCUAGAUACCUUUGAGACUUCCACCAGCUACAUCUUAGUAUUAGAGAUGGCUGACCAGGGUCGCCUUCUAGACUGUGUUGUGCGAUGGGGAAACCUCACUGAAGGGAAGAUCAGGCUUUACCUGGGAGAGAUUCUGGAAGCUGUGCAGUAUCUUCACAACUGCAGAAUAGCACACCUGGACCUAAAGCCUGAAAACAUUCUGGUGGAUCAGAGCUCAGCUAAGCCAACAAUAAAACUGGCUGACUUUGGAGAUGCCGUCCAGCUCAAUACCACCUAUUAUAUCCACCAGUUACUUGGGAACCCAGAGUUUGCAGCUCCUGAAAUUAUCCUCGGAAAUCCUGUCUCCCUCACCUCAGAUGUUUGGAGCAUUGGAGUGCUCACAUAUGUCCUUCUCAGUGGCGUCUCUCCUUUCCUGGAUGAAAGUGUAGAGGAAACUUGCCUGAAUAUUUGCCGCUUAGACUUUAGUUUCCCAGAUGACUACUUCAAAGGAGUUAGCCAAAAGGCCAAAGAUUUUGUAUGUUUCCUACUUCAGGAUGACCCAGCUAAGCGUCCUUCUGCUGCAUUGGCCCUUCAAGAGCAAUGGCUGCAGCUGGGGAAUAGCAAAAAUGUUGACAGCAUUGACAUAUCCAGACUGACUUCGUUCAUUGAGCGGCGAAAACACCAGAAUGAUGUUCGACCCAUUCGUAGCAUUAAAAACUUCUUACAGAGCAGGCUCUUGCCAAGAGUUUGACCUCGCUUGAAAUUCUCUCUCAUUCUCUUUCACCUGCCAAUCAGACUGGAGAUAGAAAUCUCCUGCCAAUCAGCUGUUGACUUGAAUUUUGGAGAAAAAAAACAAAUGGAGCCAAUCAGCUGCUAGAAUGUUUGUGUGAAAAUGCAUUCCAAGUAAACCUGCACACUUGGGACUAGCAAUGCAAACUACGCUGAGGUGGAGGCCUAUAGCAUUGUACUCUGUGAAAGGCAGUCAAGAGCGUUACAGUAACAGUAUUUUAUUCAGGUUUCUGCAAAAAACAAAAAAAAACACUUUUUUAAAAAAACAGAUGAAUAGAAUUUUGCAAAUGAACUGAUCUAUCAUUUUCAAGAUUUGUUCAAGGAAAUAGAUGCCUAUGUUCAAAGCACUGGUAUUAACGAACAAACAAAGACAAAUAUCAAAUCACACCUGGAGAAGACUCACCACAUUGGCUGCCCAUUGAUAUGGCCUCCAUUGAUGUCCGUUUUUCACUUGGUCCUAGAGCUUUCCAGUUGCCUCACCUGUAUGUAUCUCACAUAGCAGUGCACUGAGAUCAGACUCUGCUUUUAAGUGCAUCCAACCUCAAAAUUUUUGCAUACAAAUAGAAUGAAACGUUUUGCUCUGAUAAAAUGUAGGCCUUACUUGUAUAUAGACUGUUACCUGCCUUCGGUCUGUAAUUUUUCUUCCCCUCUCCCUCCUCCCUAAAUGGUGGUAUACCACUGUGCGGGUCUUCAGUUCAGGUCAGCCCUCGCUGUCCCAUUCGAAAAGGACUUUGGGUUGGUGCCCAGCCUGCCAAUCUGAUUGUCGAGCAGUAUACAGCAGGAUGAAAAUACUGUAAAUGCACUCAUUGGGGAUUUUGUUUGAUUUCAUAUCAUGUGCAAUGUUGUGGCUUUAACAUUUUAUGCAACUAUUUAUGAGGACCUCUGUUGUAACUGUAAUAAAUAUAUAGAAAAAGCACAUACUUAGUACGGCGAGCUUUAUGGUUUUGUUUGUGUGUUUGGGGUUUCUGGGCAGGUGAGGGAGGGAAUAUUGUAUCACACUGUCGUUAUUAGUUUAAGAUGAGAUUUUAGCUAACAACUUAGUAAAGAAUCUAGUGAGUUUUAAGGAUUGUAAAUAAAUAAAUUAGAUAUUCAUAACCCAGAUCACAAACUGGAUAAGAAAUAGGGUGACAUUUUUUAAAAAUUUAUUAUUAUAUUAUUCAAAAUGCCAAAGUAUUACUUUCCCUUAAUCAGUCUCAACAUUUACUACUUUUUAGAAUUUUCAAAUCUGCGUUUACUGCUUUCUGUACAAAAACUGAAUGAAUUUUUUGCUCUUUGGUGAAGAAAUACAUCCAAGCAGUAGUGGUUGUAAGACCUGACACGUAAUGUAAUUGUGUCUUAUGUAACUGUUUUUAAGAUUGUGGUAAUAUUAACAUGUGAUGAAAUAUUUAAAAAGACAGAUGGUUUUCUGUGCAUCAAGGAGUUCACAUGGAUGUGUUGUCGUCUAUGUUUCUCUGUGCAAAAUGCCAUGUUUAAAUAAGGAAACUAAGCCUGCAACCCACACUAGUUAGAUAUAUGGGUCUUAAGCCAUAAACUGGCUUUGGUUAGUUUUAAGCUUUGCCGCUUCCAUUGUAUUCUAUUUAUUCCUUUUUGUUUGUUUUUUGUUUGUUUUGUAAAGUUGUACAGAAACUUUUUAAAA